GCGAGCACGACUGUGGCUCACACAGCGGCAUAUAGGCAGUGUCGCGUACCGUAUGUCGAGUCGUUCAGUUCGAUACACGCGUUACGACACAAUAAAUUAUCGCAUCGAUCGCAGUGCUGCAGUGAUUGUAGUGAAAUCAUCAGAGAGCGAGAACGCGUUAGUGCGAAAGCGUGCAACCAACAUGGACUAUACGCAAAAAAUUAAAUAUUGGCGAGGUGAGAUCAGUUGGGAUAACGAAAAAGAUCGACGCAAAUUUCGCCAGCAACUGUCCUCCUUGGAUUACAAGAGAUGGAAGGGCCCACUGCCGGAUCUCCGAGAAAUUCUUCGGCCGGAAGAGAUCGACUGGCUUCUCGCGGAGGACGUGAAGAGGAGAGAAUCCGGACCCACUUACGACGACGACGUCAAUUGUUUCGUCGACCUCGUGUACGAGACCGGCUACGAGGACGCAGGCAGCGAUACCGCGAUUCGCACCACACCGAUACAUCACGCGGCUCGGCGCCGCUACUGUUACUGGGACAAAACGAUCCGUAAGCUCUUCAAGAUUUACGCCAGACGCGACGUCAACUACACCGACGAGCUGGGCGUGACGCAUUUCCACGUGGCCUGCGAGUACGGCCUCGACGACGUGGCGCGAAAAUUCCUCGAGCUCGGCCGCGGCCGGCUGGAUCCCGACUGUCUCGCGCAGAGAGCCCGAGUCGAUCCGCCGCUGCACUCGGCGCUGCGGCGACGGCACGCUGCGGUGGUCGAGCUGCUGCUGCGAGCCGGUGCCGAUCCGAAUCUGGCCAGCGUCAAGGAUAACAACGGCUCGACGCCUCUGCACACCGUAUGCCGGGAAAGACACGGCGACUUGAUGGAGCUGUUUUUCAAGACGAGCGAGGACGAGGGUCGCGCGGUGCUGGUCGACGCUCGCGACCAGUCCGGCCAGACGCCGCUGCACGCGUCGCUGUUGCGCUGCCACAGGCGGGUGAGCGAGUCGCUGCUCAGGCACGGCGCGAAUCCGAAUCUGGUAGACGCCGUUGACGGCGCGACCGCUCUGCACGUCGUCUGCAAGAGGAACUACGACGACGAGCUGGACCUGGUGGAGGCGAUAUUCGAGAUAAGCGAGGAGAAGGGUCGAACGGUGGAGGUCGACGCCAGGGACAAGUCGGGCAACACGCCGCUGCGAUACGCUCUGGGCUGGGGUAACGGGCCGGUGGUCGAGUCGCUGUUGAAGAGAGGCGCGGACGCGAAUUUAACCGACGUCGAGGGAUUCACUGCUUUGCACACGAUCUGCGCUAACGGCGACGGCGAUGACCCCGACCAGGACGAGUUGACGAGGAUCGUACUCGAGUCGACCCGCGAGGUCGAUGCUCUGGACAAGCUAGGCAGGACACCGCUACACUUGGCUCUGGCCGCGGGCUGCAAAAAACGGCUCGUCCGGGCGCUGCUGGAUAACGGCGCAAACGUGAAUCGAGCCGAUGCCGAAGGAUCGGCUGCUCUGCACAUCGUCUGCCGGAGAAAUCAACUCGACGACGAUGACUCGACGAAGAUGCUGCUUCUCGAGAUCAUCGCGGAAGCGAAUGUCGACGCGAAGGACGAGAAGGGCCGGACUCCGCUGCAAUGGGCCGUGGCAAAUCUCCGUCCGGACUUGAUCGACCUACUGCUGGCUGGAGGCGCCGAUCUGUCCGAGUUUCGUUUCCCCACCGAGGACUAUUUCGGCGCGAGAUUCGACCGUCACGGCUAUCAUCACUGGAACGAGUUCAAGCUGAAGCUGAUUUGUCGCGCUCUCGCCUGCGUCGAGCGUCUGGACGAGCGGGGAUACCAGCUGGACCGAAGCGACGCCUCGACGAUCGUGAAAUUUUUCACCAAGUACGGAGUGUUCGAGACGACGAUGGAUUUGAAGAGGCGUUGGUUCGACAACGACAGUUACGCGAGCAAACUGAAAAGUAUAACGGUCAAUUUGCGUCGAAUUCGUGACGACGACGACGACGACGACGAGAAGGAAGAGAACAAGGAGGGGAAGAAGAAAGAAGCAGCGAGCGCGGAUUUACCGGAACGUCCGAGUCUGUCCCUGUACGACCUGAUGAAGCUGCCGGCCGAGGAGGCGGAAAAAUUACUGCUGCGCACGGACUACUUGAAGUUCGCCAACUCGUACGACUGGUGGAAGUGGCGCCGUGAAUAUCGCGAGCCGUGCGUCGUCUAUCUCUGCGAGACGCUGUCGAGAGGAUUUCUGCACCGAUGGGCGCCUCUGUUUUUCUCGGAGCUGAUGCGCCAUCGGAUGCCGAUUCUCUGCUGCAAAAAAGUCACCGAUCGGCUGACGUGCAGCGAUCGGUUGAAUGUACAUCUGGCAGCGGAAAUUUUUAGGAAAGAGGUGGAGAGCCAGAGGCUUGAUAUCGAUGGCAAAGGCAAUGGAGUCGAGGAUACAUAGAUUUACUUUUGUUUUGUUAAUGUUAGAAUAUUGUUAUUAGUGUGCACGAUUUUCAUUAUAUGUCAAAUUAAUAUUUCAUUGAAUGAAAAAUUAAAUAAAUGAAAUAAAUCGGUCACUCAAUUAUAUAUAAUCAAAGCCAUGUAUUGAAUUUUGUCAAUUAUCUUCUUGAUACAACUUAAAUUUUUUUUAAGCAACAUAAUCGCAGAAAAAUUGAUUUUCAGCCAGUUUGAUCGAUUAUAAAAACUUUCAUUCAUUUACGGAAGAUUUAACGCUAAUCUAUAUCGAAGAAAUUCUGAGCAGCCGUUUCCACGUAAUUUGAACGAGUUGUGAAUUAUUCCGUUAUAAUUUAUUUUCCUGUAGGAAAAUUAAUAAAAUACUAUAUAUUAUCUCUUACUUUUAUAUUGAUUCAUUUUUUCAAUCAAUGCAGAUAGUCUCUGAUGAACUAAAGCAUUAGUUUUUUAGCUGGAGUGCGUCUUUUUGUGACGGUGAGUGAGUGACUUUGGCACUAACUAUCGAAGUUUAAAAUCGAUCGUAAAUUAUCUACUAAAGACUGAAUCGAAAAAGGGUUCACAUUAAAAUCGAUUAACAAAAAAUUGAAUAAUAAAAAUUAAUACUCACAG